UCUAUGCUUAGAAAGUUUUCAUGGAUAGGACAGUACAUGUAUUUCAAGAGCUUUGUUCUAAUCCAGUAUAAAACGAACUUAGUCAGAACACCGUUCAAUAGAGCACGAAAAAUUUGUUCUGACAGUACUAUUGAACAUGAAAUAAAAUCUUUCAAGGAUAUUUUAUCUAAGAAUGGAUAUCCUCAGAAGUUCAUUAAUAAAUACUCUAAAGAAAUUAGCUCCUGCAAAACAAUCCAAACAGUUCCAAAGAAACCUGUCUAUAUCAGUUUACAUUCAAAGGAGAUGAUGUUUACAAGAAGUAGUCAAACGAAGACUCGAUAAAGCCAUCAAGAGAACUUAUUA